AUUAUUUAAAAUUAACUAAAAUAAGUUAAAAGUUAUCAACUUUAUAUUUAUUUUUAAUUAUUAUAAAUAGUUAUUAUCCAACCCUGAUAAUAUUAUAAUGCAUUUACUUCUACACAACACAAAAUAUUCUAAUGUUGUACAAAUGUACAGCAUUUCCAACGUUUUUGCAAUAAUACUGUAAUGUUCUAAUCUCUAUAAAAAUUCUGAUAUGUGCUAAAAAAUUACGCAAAAAUUAUAUAAUAUUUGUCAUUUUUUUGUAGAAAGAGAAUAUGACGUCCAACUGCAGUCACUUAUAUUAUAAUGAUGCUAAUUACUAUGACAUAAAAAAAUCCAUUCAAGUUACGGAUAUUGAUGGUAACGAGAUAACUCUCGAUUGCAUUUAUCAAUUUGUAAAAAAUAGCUAUAGUUAUCAAGAUGACUCUAUUGAUUAUUGUAACAAAUUUUAUACUACUAAUAUAAUUGGGCCACCUGAGGAACAUUUAUGUUAUGAAUAUGUAAAAAAGACAUAUAAAGAUCAUCAGGUACCGCUUACUGUCUUCUAGAAAAUAUAAUGACAUUUUAAUUUUAUACCACAAGAUGAGAUAGUAUUUAACUUUUUUUCCUAAUUUAGAAAUUGUCCGCAUUUCCCACGGGUAUAGGUUUCGUGACCGAUACAGGUUUCAUGACCAAUGCAGGUUACAAAAUUAUGGAUGAUAUGGAUUGUAGUACCAUGGAGCCUAUCGAUCAAAUUUCUAUUAAUAUUGAGUAUCAUGUAGCUGUAUAUCCAAUCAGAAUCACCAGAUAUGGAGCAUUUAAACUUAAUGACAUAAUUCAAAUUUGGGCUCAAGAUUCUGACAAUCAGUGGUUCCUCUUGUGGAAUAAUUCAUGGACAAAUCCUGAUUCAGAGGAAGAGAGGAUAUUACUUUCUGUGCCUCUACAUCCGUGCAACUUUAAAACCAAAAUGCUCAGACUGGUAUUUAACCAUAGAUUAUUGGAGAAACACAAGCUAGAUGCUGUAAUGCUUAUCGGAACAUCAGAAUUGAUCCUUUCUAAAACACAUAAAGAAAAAAGUUUGAAUAUUUUAUUAAAAAAAAUUCGAUUCUACAAGUCUUUAACCUCAGAUUUUAUCUUUAUGCAAUCUGUCGGACUAUGCCCCACUGAUAUGCUUACAUUUGUUCACGAGGAUAUAUUUGCCCUUCUAGAGAAUUUUCAUAAACAUGGCAUUAUCUGUAAAAGGUCAAUAAUCAUUGGCAUUAAGUAAUAUUUAAUUUUUGUAUUUUUUUUUUUUUAUGAAAAUAAUUUUGAUCCAAUGUUACGUAUUUACAGAAAUAUUGUACAGAGUUUUCAUAAGGAUCAUCUCGGGCAUAAACAAGUAUCUCAUAAAGUCAUGCCAGAUUAUAUACAAUCUCUUAAACAAAACUUAACAGUCAACGAUUAUUCAAAUUAUGAUAAAUUUAUGAAAGAUCUUAAAUCCUGUUGGGAUGAAUCUAAGAAACCAUAUGACAGUUUCUCAAAACUUUGUGUACGGUAUAUUUUAAGAAACCAAUUUCUCAAAUUAUUUAUUAUAAUACCACAUUAAAGCUUUAUUGUAUAUAUUUUUGCAGGAUGGAACAAUUUUAAAUAUAUUAAAAAAUUUAGACUUGAGGUCACUAUGUCGCGUGGGCAGAGUAAAUAAACGGUUAAAUAAUUUAACACGUGAUCCUUUCCUUUACACAAGCUUGAACGUACGGAAUAUACAUUUUACAUAUUGGCGCUCUAAUCUUUGGCAUAAAUUUGAUUACUUUGCGCACAGAUGUAAAUAUUUAAGACAGUUAGAUCUGUCAUUUUGUGACAUUCCUGUUUUGAAAUUUAAUAUGUUUAUUAAUACUUGCGGCAAGCAUUUAACGCAUUUAAACUUAUGUUGUUGCCGAUAUGUUGACGACUCUGCUCUACUUCAAAUUUCUAAGACGUGUGAAAUUUUAAAAGAAUUGGAUUUAAGUAAUUGUCAUCUCGUAAAUGAUAAAGGAUUUUCUUAUCUUGAAAAUCUAAAGUAUUUGGAGCGUUUACAUCUUCAGGAGUUACGAAGUAUACAAACUAAAACUCUUUGCAAAAUACUGCAAAGAAAUCAACAGCUACGUGACUUAAAUUUAGCAUACACAGAUUUAAAUAUAGACGAAGUCACAGUGGAAUUGAAAAAUUCAUGUCCAAAUUUGGAAACGAUAAAUUUAAAACUGGCAAAAAUUACAUCAAAAAGUAUUUAUGCUCUUGCUGAUUGCAAGAAUCUACGAGAAAUAGAUUUUGGUUGGGUUAGCAUGGAAAUGGAAGAAAAUCAGGAAGAUCUAGAAAAGAGCUUUCAUAUAUUGUUUUCCUCUCUACGCUUAGAAAAACUCGACAUAACCGACAUUAUGCUUACUUACAGUAUUUUGGAAAGUUUAAUAAUGAUGUGCAAAAACUUGAAAAGCUUAACGUCUCAAGGAUGUACUGUGAAAUCUGACUCCAACAUUUUCCAGCGUCCUAAACUAGUGGGAAAUAGACGUAAUUAUUACUACAAAUGGCGUCUUAAUGAUAGCUUGUUUAUUUUAUGGGACUACAUGUCUCGUUCUGCAUCAUUUAUCGAGAACCAAGAAUGAAAAAAUUUGACUAUACUGUAUAGUUAACAUAAACAAAGAUCUCAAGAAAUAAUCUCUAAAAAUAAAAGGGUUAUAAAAAUUGUUUUUUUUAAUUGUUUUCAAAAGAUUGAUUAAUUCAUUGACGUCAGAAAUAACAUCAAAAUCAAUCUUUCAAUAGUAGCUGUAAUAUGUUUAUAUUCUGAGACCUAUAUGUAUGGCGUGAAUUAUAUCGUGAUUGGUUUAUUAAUCAUUUAUAUCGUUUAAUUCACUUAAAAGACUUUUGAGCGCUGUUUCCUGAUUACGUCUUUAAUUGUUUAUUGUGAAUCUAUACGUAUUAUAUGUAGUAUUAUAUGUAGAUAUUAAAUAUUAUAUUAUAUGUAGCAUUAUAUGUAGAUAUUAUGAAAGCCCCUUGAAUGACAAACUGGCCUUGCGUGCGUGCGUGUUUGUGUGUGUGUGUGUGUGUGUGUGUGUGUGUGUGUGUGUGUGUGUGUAUUAAUAAUAUUUGUAAAAAAUUCAAGUAUCAAGCGACGCGGUAGCGGCGCGACACCAAGUACAUAAAGAAUUUUGCUGCAUGAUGCAAAUGACGCAAACUUCACUGCGCAAAUGUCACGCCGCUACUAAGCUUUAUCUGGAAUUUAGCUGUCAAAUUCACUUUCAGUUAAAAUAUCUCAGAAACUAAAAUUAUAAUAAAAAAUCUAAUGGCAAUUUUGUUACAUAAUAUUGAUGUAAGCUUUCGAUUGCGACCACUCUGAUUAAAAUCGGUACACUCAUUUCUGAGAUCUCGUAAUCUUUUGCGCGAAAAAGCUCACUUGGAUUAUUUUCCACAGAUCACAUGUACAUACACACACACGUAAAGCCAGUUUGUCGUUCAAAGGGCUUCACAAUGUUCCUACAUACAAUUUUAUAAAAUUAAAAUAAAAUUAUUUUGUAAUGUAAGUGGUGAAUAUUGGUACGCGAAAAAAUAUAAUAAACUUGAUAAUUCUAAGAUCUUGUGAUCUCUUGCGCAAAAAUGCUCACUUGAGUUAUUCUCCACACAUUCACAUAUACAUGCACACACACAUCCAAAACCGGUUUGUCGUUCAAGGAGCUUCACAAUGUGCCUACGUGUAAUUUUAUAAAACUAAAACAUAUAAAAAGUUAUUUUAUAAUAUAAAUAGUGAAUUUGGUAUGCGAGAAAAGUAUAAUAAGUUAACAAAAUUAAAAUAAAUAUAUAACAUAAACAAAUACAUGAUAUAUAUGUAAAUGUCAAAAAUAUUAAUAUAAAAAUCUAUAUAAAUAAAAAUAUAAAUGUAUGUUUGUUAGUUGGCUAAGAUCUCCGAAAGUUAUUUACCGAUUGCUUUGUAAUUUUGACACAACGUUGCGUUCGACUUUUGUUGUGUUCUUAUGGAGUCUGAUUUUAGAUAUACUGGUUGUUUCAAAAAUGCGGGCCGUAAUUUUGGUGAGUCUUACGACCUUUUUUGAAAAUGUCAUUGGAGAGUAAUUAAAUAUAUAUUUUGUAGCUUUUAUUUCAAAUUUUAAAUUUUGGAAAUAUUGGUUGUUUCAAAAAUAAGGGACGUUUUGGGGAAUCAUAUCUCCGUGUUGAAGGAAAGAAAAAGGAGGAAAAAUACUGUACAAAAAAAAUGAAAAUUAAAUAAUAAAAAGAAGUUAUGAUUAACAAAGAGUGUUACAAUCUAAUAAGCGACCAACAAAAAAAAAGUGUACAAAAUUUAAAAAAAGCCACAGCAAGCGUGGCAGGGCAAAGCUAGUUAAUAAUAAAAUUACAACAAACGUCUGAAUGUGAGUAAUGUAAGUGAUAUUAGUACACGAAAAAAUUUAAUAAAA